AUGACCCUUUCAACCUCGACUUCGGACGCCGGCGUUGGCCCACUCACAUCCGCCUAUCUCUUCAGCGCAACCGUGAACCUGGGCAAGGCGCUUGCCCCUAUUCCACUGCUGGAAGGUGGCAAACGGAUUGUCGAACCUAUCACUGGUGGCAUCAUCUACGGGCCCGGGUUCAACGCCACUAUUGACGGAGGAGUAGCUGCUCCGGUGGUUGUCACAAACAAUGGAACCACCACGCAGAUCCCUUACAUCUACGCCUACGGGCAUGCGGACGAUGGAUCUCCAUUCUACAUUGAGGUAAUCAUUAGUUAUAUCCGAAUAAUAUUUCGGCCGAGUCUGACAAAACCAUAG